ACACACCCACUCCCACACCCACCACGUCUCAACAUCGCCGACGCCCUCGUUUCUUUUGUUUCUUUUCUCACCACCCACCCAUCUCUCUAUCUAUCUAUCUCCCUUCACUAUUCCUGGUCUCCCAUCAAAGAGGCCGGCACGUGCCCCCUUCCCCCCAAACAAGUCGGGGGAUUGAUCGUCCCCGCUCUACAAUAAAGCUUCGAUGGCUGUCUUCCAAUGUCUCUGGCGGACCUCCUCUCCAAUACUCUGGUCUGGCGGCAGACUGCUCCAUACCUACCCGUCGCCUCUUUGUACGCUCUAGCAGCCGCUUCCAAGUCACUCCACCGCAUCGUGCAUCACUCCCCCGAAAGCCUCCGCUACCUCGACCUCUCCGCCGUCAAAUCACUCGCCGUUCCCUAUGAGCCAUUCGACGUCGGCGGCACUAGCUGGCGCUCUGAGCGCAUGGAUGAAUCUCUCACCGAAGACGAAUUCUACUCUGGCCCGCUCCGAGGUGCUUUCUCGAAGCUCAAUAGGCGACGCAUGCUCUCCAGUGUCCGCACCCUAGUCUUGGAUGGCUUGAGCGUACCUGCAGACCUCGUUCGCGAGAUUGUAGUUGGCGAUAAUUUCAAUGUCCGCAUCCUCUCAAUUCGGGAGGUCAAGAACUUGAACGAACGGAAGUUGAUGCAGGCAUUGCGAUAUGCUGUCCGGCCAACCCGCGCAGAAGACACACCCAAAGUCAAGGGCAUCUACUUCUUCGGGCCCCGAGACCCAAUUCCUACCCAGGACCCCCAGAACAAGAAGAAGCCUACGCCAUCCGUCAACCGGGGAGUCCUAGCCUCUCCAGGUGCACAAAUUGGCGCAGAGUGGAAUCAGAAAUCCUCCGAUGCGCUGAACGCUGUGUUGACACGGGCGCAAGACAAGUGGUACCAGCCUUCCGGCCGCAUGAUCGCCAAACGGCCUUCUCUCGAGUGGGCUGAGACACUGAAGGCUUGCGAAGGCAUCAUUGCAUUCGAUGCUGUCCUCUGCCGGGGACCACGACAUGAUUCCACCAAAGCAUUUGUGGGCAAUGACAGUAGCAAUCCGUCUUCAUUUCUGGCCCCAGCCAUUGCGACUGUAGCCCUGGGGACAGCAGGAUGUGAAAAUUGUCACGAAUCCCCGGAAGGUCCAGCCGUACCGGGCUACUCGCCAUCCUCAGAUCUCCCACUUCUCACACCUGUACCAUGCCAUUCGAGCACCGUACAAUCUGCACAGAAACCACACGCUACCCAUCAUUCCGAGCCACCUGUGUUUUUCGCGAGAUGUGAGGACUGCUUAAAGGGUCGCUGGUGCGAGCGAUGCAACAAAUGGUGGGACGAGGGCUGCUAUAUUGGAUCCAACAUUAGUCAACGCACCGAACUCCAACAAACUGAAUAUGCAGAGAACAUCCUGGCCGACGGAUCCACCCAUUUGAUCCAGAGGCAAACCACCAAGAUCAUUGGUGUUCAUCGAGACUGCUUUGGUUGCGGCCAUACGUGUAUCGAUUGCAAGGAUCUCUCCAUACGUCGAUGCGAACAUUGUCGGAAUGAAUAUUGUUUCGAAUGUAACGACUCCUCAUCAGCCACAAAGUGCGACUGGUGUAAUUACACUUCGCGAAGGACCGUGGAGAUGUAUUGAUGAGAUUAGGUCAAUUGUGACUUCAAAAGCGCAGCUCGCCGUUAGAUCAGGUAUCUUAGAGGAACUUUGCGAGCGAAUUAGCUUUCGGGCGUCAUUAGGCCAUGGUUGUAGGAGUUCUAUUGGUUUUUUGAUGGCGUUAUAUUUGUUACUCCGCUCUAAGCAUUUCACAUCGCAAGCAAGAUACCCCGCUUAUUCAGCAUCCAUUAUACAUAGGCUUGAAUACAUGAUAAAUUAUGAACUCGAC